AUGGUGAACCAAAUCCUGGCCUGCGCUGGGUCUCCUUACAACGAAGACCUGGUGAAUGAGUUCGCGGCUUUUGCCGGGGAAAGAGAUCAAGACCGCACGAGCUGCCUGAAAUUCUCUGUGCUUCGCUCUUUGCAGCAGCUGGCGCAAGAGCCGCCACAGUGGACACUACGCGGUGCACGACAGGCGCGGCGACGAAGACGACGGCGUGCUCACGUGGCAGCCAAUCCUCAGGGGGAUUCAGUCUCAGGGUCGGAAGAGGGGGAGGCAGAAGAGGAAGCAGCUGCAGGCGAGGCACCAGUAGAUGCUUCCAGCCAAGAGGAAGAGGGACAAGAAGAUGGCAUCGGGGAUCUUCCUGUCCAAGUCCGGGCCACCUUUGUCCACUAUCAAGAAGGUCCACAGGAUCGUCGUGCCACAAAGUCCGAGCCACCGUGGCGGGGUGAGCCGGAAGGUUCGGAGGCUGGACGUACCAUCACCCACCGGGAGCAGGAGGACGAAGAAGACCAGGAAGCCGAGCUUGCCGUGCGCAGAGAAGCUGGACAUGUGAAGUUGCUGAACAGGGACCAAGACCUUGAAGCUGAAGAGUUAACCAAGAUCUUGAAGCUGAAGAAUUAA